AUGUCAUUCUUAGCGUCUUCUUCCGAAAAGGAAUUCCAUGAACAACCAUUAGACAUGGCAACACCGUCCCAGGGGAAAGAUCUCCCUUCUCAGAACCCUGAUCAAGUUUCCAACGCUUCAAUUGUCUCCCAGGCACUCAAUGCAACCACCACCUCCAACACUGCCUCUCUGCAACAUCAACAAGAACAAGAAAUGCUUUUGGGGUUUCUGGUACCCAAUCCCCCCAUUUCAACCCAACAAUCGAGCGCCGCUGCUGAAAAUGAACAUGGUUUUCAAGGAGGUGUCGGUCGUGUAGGAGCUCCAAGAACUCUCUGGAUGGGAGACUUGGAUCCUUGGUUAGAUGAAGCCGCCAUUUCAGAUUUGUGGUGGCAGAUAAUGAAUAAACGAGUCACCGUCAAGAUCAUCAAACCUAGGGGUAUAUUACCUGAACAAAUAACUGCUCCAGGAUUGGCCCAUUCGGGAUAUUGUUUUGUUGAAUUUGAAACGUUUGAUGACGCUCAACAAUCAUUGGGUUUGAAUGGUCAAUUGUUGCCUGACAUAGCCAUGCCAUCCCAACAACAUUUCCCAAAUAACCCUGACAAUCAAAAGAAAUACUUCAGGCUCAAUUGGGCUAGUGGAGCUACUUUAAGUGCACCAAUUGUCCAAACUCCGGAAUUUUCUUUGUUUGUAGGUGAUUUAUCUGCAUCAACCACAGAAGCUCACCUUUUGGCAUUCUUUCAAAAGAGUUUCCCCUCGUCUAUCAAGACCGUUAGGGUAAUGACGGAUCCAGUGUCGGGUAAAUCCAGAUGUUUUGGGUUUGUUCGGUUUACCGAUGAAUCUGAAAGACAACGUGCCUUGAUUGAUCUUCAAGGAGCAUGGUUUGGUGGACGUCCAUUAAGGUUAGCAUUAGCCACCCCAAGAAAUACACCAGGUCGUCAUAAUUUCCAUCAUCAACAACAUCGGAAUUCAGGACAUCCAAACUUCUAUUAUGGAGGCUAUGAUCAACAAGAAAUGUUAAUGAAUCAUCCAGGGAAUGGACCCGGUGUCCCUCCUUACAACAAUUACUAUACACAACCGCAGUUCAUACAACAACAACCACCACUCCCACCACAUCAUCAAGAUCAAAAUCAACAACAACAACAACAACUGCUGCACCAAUCGCAGAAUGAAUCUAAUGACCCAAGUGAAUCUUCAUCGAUCAAGUCUCCAACUAUGAGUGCUACUCAACAGCCUCAACAGCAUUUGGAUGGCUCUAUUGCACCACCUGCACCUGUGUCUGGACAACCAUUCACAGACCCCAAUAAUACCACAGUAUUUGUUGGUGGGCUUUCAUCUGAAGUUACCGAACAAACAUUAUUUAUGUUAUUCAAACCAUUCGGUAUUAUUCAACAAGUUAAAAUACCACCGGGAAAGAAUUGUGGUUUCAUUAAAUAUUCCACGAGAGAAGAGGCCGAGGAAGCCAUCGCUGCCAUGCAAGGUUUUGUUAUUGGUGGGAACAGAGUACGGUUAAGUUGGGGAAGGGUUUCUGCCAAUAACAAGAAAUACCAACAACAACAGCAACAAGUUGCCCAAGCGGCUCAAAUUGAAGCUGCUGCCGCUCUAUCCAUGGGGUUGGACCCAGCAUCAGCCAUUGCUGCAGCUGCUGCAGUUGCAGCCGGUGGAUUCCCUCCAGCUCAUAUUCCAAGGAAUGGCCCACCAAAUGGUGGAGGAUUCCCCCCUCAUAUGAUGGCACAUAUGGGAAUGCCUCAAAUGCCUUUACCUGGGACUGCUGGUCCUGGAUAUCAUCAUAUGGGUAUCCAUCCACCUCCACCUCCACCGCCACCACUGCAGCUGCUGCAGCGUGGUCCACAACGUCAUAAUGGAAGUGGAGACCAACAUACUACCCCUGAGGGUCAAUAUGUUAACCAAAAUACUGGGAUGAAUAAUGAUCAUCCAAGAGAAUAUGGUGAACAUCAUCAACAAGAUGAUUUGGUCCAUUCCAUGAACGCCAUGAAUCUAGGACAAAAGUCUCUGGAUGGCGGUGAUCAUGCCGAUGGUGACCAUAAACCAUAUGGACCAGGAGUAAACCGUGGCGGUCCUGGUGGAUACAUGAUAUCGCCACCGUUUGGUGGGGCAUAUCAAUACCAUGAACCACAAUAUCAUUCAUACAUUCCACAACAAUAUCAACCACCAAUGGAGUCUGGUAAUAUCCCUGCCAAUCAUCGCCAUUCGAAAGAAUCGGAUGGUUCUUCCGACGAACCACUUUCUAAAUCGGAAGAUUAA